AUGUUAGCUCAUCAUCUGUUGUGUUUUUUCGUAACUGUAGUAAUAGAUACCAAAACUGCGGCCGGAAAAUUUCCGGCUUUUUUAAAACCAGGGAACUACUCAGAUGAACUGGCCUUCGUAUCUCCACACAUCAACCCAUGCAAAAACUUUUAUGCUUAUUCUUGCAACUCAUGGAUUACUCAUGUAAAGAAACCACCAUACGAACCCAUCUGGAACCCAUGGAUAGAAGUGAACCACAAAAUAAAGCAACGCUUAUCAAACAUCCUAACCCGCCAUGAUCCGCUUCUGGUUAAACCGCAAAUAUUCCACCGUUCUUGCAUGAGAAUCAUAGACCACGAAACAAAAUAUUUACAAGAACUCAAAUCGCUGGUGGAAAAUUUAGGAGGUUGGCCGUUAACUGAUAAAAACUGGAACGAUGCGAAUUACCAGUGGUUUCAUCAACUAGCAAAAAUCACAAAAACGUUGGGGAUUCAUCCGAUUUUGAAAAUUCACGCUGAUUUGGACUAUUUAGAUCCUAAGCAGUUUGUGAUCUAUGUAGAACCUGGAGAUUUAAUUUUUCCUCAGUAUAUUUUAACGGGGAAAAAUCAUCUUGCAGAGUUGGAAGCAUAUGAAAAGUGGAUUUUGGAUACCGCGACACACAUGUAUGACGACAUGGCAGACCGUAUUUUUCCGAGUGAAGUUAAAGAAAUUAUAAAGUUUGAAAUGCAUUUGGCGAAAAUUAUGGAUUUAAAACAAUGGCAUGAAAGAACGACUGUUAAAAAAGUACUAAAAAAAUUUUCUGUCGAUUGGAUGGGAGUCUUAAAUGGUAUUUUUGGUGAUUUCACCGAGAUACAAUAUAAUACGACUCUUGCUAUUAAAAAUUAUGCAUAUUUAAAAAAUGUGCUUUUCUUGAUUAGCACAACAAAACAGAAAACGGUGGCUAACUACAUAAUGUGGUCCGUUAUUAAAGAUUUGUCACGAGAUACUACUCAUCAUAUGCGAGAAUUGAAUUUUUUAAUUGAUCAUGCUAUUUUGGGUGUUACUGGCGAUAUUUCGAGAGACUAUGAGUGCCUAGACAAAGCUAUUAAAUAUUUUGGUUCUUUGCUAGUCCCUCCAUACUUAAAAUCAUUUGUUAGUCCUCAAGUUUUUUCAAAAGUAACAUCAAUGGUUAAUUCAAUUAAAACAGAAUUUGUAAAUAUUUUACAUAAUAAUCACUGGUUAAGUAAAGAAGCAAAAAUAGCUACAGCUGAAAAAAUUAAUAAUAUUGAACUAUAUCUAGGAUAUCCUUCCGAAAUUUUCAAUGGAACUCCAGCAGAACAUUACCAUCACACAGUUCAAAUGACGAGUGAUCAUUUCAUGAACAUAAUUAAGCUGAAAAGUUUCCAGCAGAAACACCUUCUGUCGCAGAUUUCCGAAAAAACUAAUCCUGUAGUUUGGCCUUCCUCUCCUUUCGAUGUUAAUGCGUACUACAGUGUGUUACAAAAUGCAAUCUUUGUACCUUUGGGGCUUUUGCAACCUCCAUUUUUUCACCCAAAUCGAGAAACAAUUUUUAACUUUGGCGCUUUAGGAGUGUUAAUUGGACACGAAAUUUCUCAUUCUUUAGAUCCUACUGGUAUUUUGGCUGAUGCUACAGGAAAAAUUGCUAAAUGGCUACCAGAACAGGACUUAGCUGCUUACAGAAAACACAUUCAUUGCUUUGGGGAUGAUGCAACAAUAUUGGGGGAGAACAUAGCUGAUAGCAGUGGACUAAAAAUUAGUUUGGAAGUUAUAAAAAAUAAAAAAGUUAAUCAUAAACUUAAAUAUUUUUUCAUUAGUUUUGCGCAGAUGUGGUGUGAAACGUCUGCAAACAUGGAAAUGUUUACUGGUGAUGAACAUGCCACAAAUGCCAACCGAGUAAAAAAUUUAAUCAAUAACAAGGACUUCCAAGAAGUAUUUGCCUGUGAUUCUAGCAAAUCUUGCGAAUUAUGGUAGUCAAUAAAUCUUUAAAUAAA